UCAACGCUAUCCCGUCAGCUGUGCUGCGAGCGUGUUGAUUUCAAUUUGCCUUAAUUUGCGAAUUGUUUAAAAAACAGCGUCUAAAAUGCUGUGAGUUGACAGUCAACAAGUUGUGCGUAAGCCUCUAUCCCAAUAUAACACGGGAAACCUCGGUUCUUAAGGAGUUAAACUAAGGAAAAUCGAAGGAAUCCAGCCAGCAUGUCGACGGGCUUAAAAUGUCGCAAUUGUGGAUCCAACGAGAUCGAGGAAGAUAAUGCUCGCGGAGAUCGAGUGUGCAUGAACUGCGGUUCGGUGCUUGAGGAUUCACUCAUCGUUUCCGAAGUCCAGUUCGAGGAAGUUGGUCAUGGAGCUGCCGCAAUCGGCCAGUUUGUCUCGGCCGAGUCGUCUGGCGGAGCCACCAAUUAUGGCUAUGGCAAGUUCCAGGUGGGCUCAGGCACCGAGUCCCGCGAGGUGACCAUUAAGAAGGCCAAAAAAGACAUUACAUUGCUCUGCCAGCAGCUGCAACUCUCGCAGCACUACGCCGACACAGCUCUAAAUUUCUUUAAAAUGGCCUUAAGUAGGCACCUGACUCGCGGCCGCAAGAGCACCCACAUCUACGCUGCCUGCGUCUAUAUGACCUGCAGGACAGAGGGCACCUCCCAUCUCCUCAUCGACAUCAGUGACGUUCAACAGAUUUGCUCUUAUGAAUUAGGCCGCACCUACUUGAAGCUAUCGCAUGCUCUUUGCAUCAACAUACCAUCUGUGGAUCCGUGCUUGUACAUUAUGCGCUUCGCCAAUCGCCUGCAGUUGGGCCCCAAGACACACGAGGUGUCCAUGACGGCUCUGAGGAUUGUGCAGCGCAUGAAGAAGGACUGCAUGCACUCGGGACGACGACCCACCGGCCUCUGUGGAGCAGCUCUGCUGAUUGCUGCUCGCAUGCACGAUUUUAGUCGCACUCUGGUGGACGUGAUAGGUGUGGUCAAGAUACACGAGUCCACGCUCCGCAAGCGCCUCUCCGAGUUUGCCGAGACGCCUUCUGGUGGCUUGACAUUGGAGGAGUUCAUGACCGUUGACCUGGAGCGUGAACAGGAUCCGCCAUCAUUUAAGGCGGCACGCAAAAAGGAUCGUGAGAGGAUCAAAGAUAUGGGUGAACAUGAGCUCACGGAACUGCAGAAGGAAAUCGAUGCUCACCUGGAAAAGGACUUGGGCAAGUAUUCUAGCAGCGUGAUCCGUCAACUGACUCAGGGAAAGGGAGACACGACGCAAGCCUCCUCUCCAAGCACACCCAAGAGCGUCUCCGAGAACGAACUCGAGAUGGAGGAGUCCAGGCAGUUUAUCGAACAGUCCAAUGCCGAGGUCAUUAAGGACCUGAUAGCUAGCAACGAGGAUGUGAAAAAGACAGAACAAGGUGGUUUGAUGGCGGGCAUUGAAGGUCUGCGUCCCGAUAUCGAGGCUAUUUGUCGAGUAACGCAAAGUGACUUGGAGGAUGUGGAAAAGGCCAAGCAGCCCGCAGAAACAGAGCUGUUCAUCGAUGACCUUAACGACGAUGAACUGGAUCAGUAUGUGUUAACGGAAGAGGAGGCGCUGUCCAAGCUCGACCUGUGGAAGAACCUCAACGCUGAGUAUCUGCAGGAGCAGAAGGAACGUGACGAACGGCUGGCCAAGGAGCGGGAAGAGGGCAAACCGGAGAAGAAAAAGCGAAAGCCCCGCAAGAAGAUCAUCGGUCCGUCGUCCACGCCUGGAGAGGCCAUCGAGAAGAUGCUGCAGGAGAAAAAGAUCUCCAGCAAGAAAUACGAGAUUCUCAAGACAUUGACAGAGGGCAUUGGUGGGCUGACGGGUGAAUCGCCUGCUUCCAGCACGGAUACAAAGCCCAGCACCCUAGAAGAUCUGAAGCAGCAGCCAGCGAUCGUGGAAGAGGGUCCCAUUGCCACGAAAAAGGGUCGCUUUAGGCCAGCUUACGAUCUGCCUGGACCUAGCAGGAAACGGCCCAAAGUGGAGGCGGGUCUACCAGUUAGUCAGCCGGUUGAUGAAGAUGUCAAGCCGGCAGUGGUAUUGGAAGGAGAUGACCUGGACGAAGAUGUCGAGGCGGAAGCGGAGGAGGCUGACGCCGAACCCGAGGCAGAGACCGAGGCCACUCUCCAAGAUAUGCUUAACAAGGGCGGCGGGGACGAUGACGACGAGUUUGGCUACGGCUUUGACGAGGAGGAGGAAUACUAGAUUUAAGUUCGCAUUUAGUCUUAAAAGCAUUUUAGUAUCUUAACUCUGAUUUUAUAGGAUCGCAACUUACCCGUAAUACGAUUAAACUAAGCUUUUAGAAGUCGUGCACUUGUUGGUGCUCUGGCAAUGUAAA